AUCCAAGAGUGCCAUAUUAUGAGAAUAUUUGGUUUAGCUAUAUUCCUCCUGAAAGAAUUCCAAACGUGAAAUCAUUCUUACCAGAAAGGAGCACUAUUAUUAUUUUUGAGGAUUUGUGUGUUGCCCCAGAGUAUAUACAAAAUCAAAUUAUCCCUUUCUUUACUCACAGGCGCCACAGGAACAUUUCACCUAUUUAUGUAACACAACGUUAUCAUAAAGUUCCCAUUAUUAUUCGAGAAAAUGUCUCCCAUUUAGUGAUAUUUAAUGGUGGUAGUAGUGCUCACGAUAUCUCCAAAAUUGUUGGAUGA